UAACACUGAACUGCAGCCCCAACCGUCAGGGAGGAAGUUACGGUUAGUUCGUUUGCUACUAGCCGGCUAACUUGCUAAAAAAGUAAACAAGUCUGCGGGAUGAGAUUAAAAUUCAGCUGCGGGACAAAGUAGCUUCUCAGCCAUGAAGGAGGACAAGGAAAAUACUCGGCCGAAGGAGAGAAAGGUGGAAAUAAAGUGCGAAGAUGGAGAAAAGACGGAGAAGUCCAAGGAAAAGAAAGAGGCCAUGACAAAGAUUGUGAUCAGACGAUUACCACCAAGUCUGACCAAGGAGGAGCUGGAGGAGCAGCUACAGCCGCUCCCAGAGCUGGACUACAUGGAGUUUUUCUCCAACGACACUAGUUUAACCUAACAUAAUUACUCUGUUCUUUCAGCCUUUACCCCCCACCUCUUCGCAAGAGCCUACAUCAACUUCAAAAAUCAAGAGGAUAUAGUCCUCUUCAGAGAUCGCUUCGAUGGAUAUGUAUUCAUCGACAACAGAGGACAGGAGUACCCUGCCAUUGUUGAAUUUGCACCCUUCCAAAAGACUGCCAAGAAAAGAAGUAAGAAAAAGGAUGCAAAGUGUGGGACAAUAACUGAAGAUCCUGAUUACAAGAAGUUCCUGGAAUAUUAUAAUGGAGAUGAAGAAAAGCUGACAUCAACACCUGAGACCCUGUUGGAGGAGAUUGAGGCAAAGUCAAAGGAACUUGUAGCUAAAAAAACAACUCCUCUGUUGGACUUCUUGAAGAAUAAACAGAGACUCAGGGAGGAAAAGAAAGAGGAGAGAAGGAGGAGGGAGCUUGAACGCAAGCGUCUGCGGGACGAGGAGCGCCGUAAGUGGAGGGAGGAGGAGAGAAGGAAGCGCAAGGAGGCCGAGAAGAUGAAGAGACUUGAGAAGCCCCUGGAGAAAGACAAGGACCAUGUUAAAGAAGAACCAAAAAUUAAGCUCCUGAAGAAGCCAGACAGAGGUGAUGAUGCUGAUUCUGAGAAGCCCAAAGAAAAGGCCAAAAAAACAGAGAAGCCAAGUAAAGAAGACAGAUCCAUGGGGAGUGCUGAUCAUAAGAGGCGUCAGAACAUUGAAAACAAGGAGGAUCGAGGAAGGAAAGCGGAUGACGACGGGCGGAAGGAGUUCAGGGAGCGUGACGCAGAUCGCGACAGAGAGCGCGAAAGAGAACGGGAGAAGGAGCGGCGGCAGAGAGAGAAGGAGCGCCUCAGGCGACAGGAUGAAGACCGGCGGAGACGGAGGGAGCGCCAGGAUGGAGAAAACUCGGGCAGGAAGCGGGAGGAGGAGGUGAAGAAAGAAAAAGAGCGUGCUGUGGAGAAGAAAAAGGGUGAAAACGUUGGAGACUCCGCUCACUCUGAGAGGCCGGAGAAGCCUGCCAAAGACAACAGGAAGGAGGAGAGUAGCAAAAGAGAGCGGCUACGAAAUAAAGACCGGCCUGCUAUUCAGCUGUACCAGCCAGGGGCCAGGAGCCGCAACCGACCUACAGGAGGAGGAGGCGAAUCCAACUCUGCUGACAGGAAGCCAGAUCCUGAGACCAAGAAAGUAGCUGACAAAGGAGACGACUGAGCUGAUUUCUACUUAUGGCAUUUUUACGUUUGGCGAGGACAGGGGAGACGGGCCUGUGAGGCUCAGAGCAGCGAUGUGGUGCCUCAGGGUGACGUGCACUGCCGUUGAAGUGGGGCUACAUCUGGCUCUCCCAGCCUCCGAGGCAGAGAUGUGACGGUGGAGCCUCUUUGUGCCUGAACGUGACCCUCUUUUAGUUUUAUUUGUUAGAAAAGGUAACUGUAAACCUUUUGGAAAGAGUUUGGCUGUAGGGCACAGUAGGUGAAGCCAGAGCUUUCCUGGACCAUGUGAAGUCAAAGUGACCUUAAUUCAGUAUUGUUUCUCUGAUGGAAAGCAUUCACACUGCAAACAUUUGCUUUUAACUUGUUUAUCCAAAUCACACUCUGGAGGUAGAAAAUAACUUUGCAGUUGAUUAAGAUCCCAGAUAUUAAACACAUCAACUUUGCCAAGCUCAUCAAUAUUGUUUCUGCACCAUCUUGAAAGAGAUUUCUGUUGUAUCAUUGCCAUUUUUAGUUUGAAGUGCACACAUGGACAUUACAUCUUACUCUGCCUGGGGAGCUGGACAAUCCAAAUAUAUGUCUGUCAUUAAAAAUAUCCAUGGUUUGUAGUUAAAAUAGUCUGAAGUUCAUACAGUGACCAAGGAGAAAUAGCCAUUUCUGACCAGACUGCCGUGUGACAGCCAUACCCGCAUGCAGACUUAAAUCAGAGUUAUCAACCUGUGGCCUUCCCCCUUUUCUAAUCUGAAACUCCCCUUAAGUAUUCAUCUGUGAUGCACUAAACUAAACACAGCAUGAAAACAUAUCACUCUGGUGAUGCUAACAUACAGUAGCUACUUUUGACUGGAAAUAAAAGAGGUCUUUGCUAAA